AUGGCAGAAAGAAUCGAUCUCUCCCAGGUACAAUACCGUGUCAUUGAGACAGAUCUGAACAAGUACAACAUCAAAAUCGAGGAGAAUCAUGGCCUCAACGAGAGAACUGGAUUCUGGUGGCUUGUGUUUACUUUUAACUUCGCUCUCGAAAAGGGAAUUAAAGUUCGCUUGACUAACUUUAAGUACAUUGAAAGCACGAAGUUGACGAUGGAAAUUGUCAGAUGUGUCUACCUGGGAAUAAAAAGCGAGGAAAAAGUGGAUUCCCUUGACAUAGAGGAGAGGCUCGCAAAUCCGGGCAAGCUUUAUCAAAUAAACGACAGCGUUGGAUGGCCCGAAAAGCUUCGUAAGUACCUUGAAGAAAACAUCGUGCCUCUGGUGAUUAAAAAGAUCAGGUACACAAAAUACAGCCCCCAAUUCAGCUUCUUUUUAAGCAACAAAUCGAAGGACAAGCCAUUGAUGGAAACUUUCCGGAAUGGGCUCAAAUUUCUUGGUUAUAAAACAUGGCUUGACAUAGAUGACAUGCCGAUGGCCGCUAAUUUGCAAGGAGCGCUGACAGUUGCUAUCGAAAAAUGCGACUGUUUCUUAGUCUGGCUCAAUAAGGAAUACUUUCAGAACAAUUACUGUAAGGCAGAACUGUUGUAUGCGAACCAACUCGGAAAAGUUAUUCUCGCAUUUGGAGAUUACGAAGAAAUCAAACAUCUUUUGAGAGGAGAAUUUGAAUUUCUGGCCAAUCGUCCUAUUUAUGAUGCUUCAAAGUCGUCCUUCCUCGAGGUGCUUCGACGCAUCGAUGAAGCUUUUUUUGAGUUCGAAAACCUUCCAAUCUAG